UCAAACUCCUAAGAUGGCGGCGGCGGCGGAAGAGCGGAUGGCUGAGGAGGGUGGCGGCGGCCACGGUGACGGCGGCUCCUCUUCGGCUGCUGGCUCUGUUCAGCGACAGCCCCCUUUGCCCCCGCCCCAGCCCCCUCAGCCGGGGUCCCAGGCGCCUCCAGCCCCGGCGCUGGCUCCGGACCAGCUGCCUCAAAACAACACGUUGGUGGCGCUGCCCAUCGUAGCCAUCGAGAACAUCCUCAGCUUUAUGUCCUACGACGAAAUUAGCCAGCUCCGCCUGGUUUGUAAAAGAAUGGACUUGGUCUGUCAGAGAAUGUUGAAUCAGGGAUUUCUCAAAGUGGAGAGGUACCAUAAUCUAUGUCAGAAACAAGUUAAAGCACAACUUCCAAGGAGAGAGUCAGAAAGGAGAAACCAUUCUUUAGCCCGCCAUGCAGACAUACUUGCUGCUGUGGAAACCAGGCUGUCGCUGUUAAAUAUGACUUUUAUGAAGUAUGUGGAUUCCAAUCUCUGUUGCUUCAUCCCAGGAAAGGUAAUUGAUGAAAUUUAUCGUGUAUUGAGGUGGGAGUUUGACACAUGUAUAAAACCUAAGGUUUUGGUAAGUACCAUAAUUGAAUAAAAGCACAAGCUUAUUGCCUUUUUUUAUCCGUCCAACAUGACAUGGUUAUGCAUCCUUUCGGUUAAUCUUACCAAAUGGAACUUUCCUAUCUGUUUUUAGUUCUGUCCUUUCAUAAUACUGUCCUUAGAUUUUGAUCAUUUCUAUGUCUAACUUUGAAACUCCAUUUACAAUGUAGUAUGUUUUCAAUGAAAAACCACAAAGUAACAUCCAAGUGUUUAAUGGUUUGUUGGGAAGGUAAUUUAAAAAUAAACAGUUUCCUAAAAACAUUUUGUCAGCCAAGGUCAUCCAUAAAAGUCCCAUGUCUGGAACUUAUUUUCUCAGCAGGUCUCAUUUUUGUAAUCAUAGGAUUUAGCCAUAUUGCCAUAACUUUGGAGGAGGCCUACUGGAAUACUCACGGCAUAACUUUAAUAGUCUGCUUUUCUGAUAAUAAGAAAAUGUUUUUUAUGUAUCAGAGUACAGGUUUACAAAGUAUGAUCUUUAUGCAUCAAAGGGAGAUGCCUCAGAUUAUGUCUUUAUAAUUAUUAAAAGUUUCCUGAAUUUCUUUUCAAAACUACAUCUGCGUAGCAUAAAUGUAUGUAUAGUCUUCCACUAGUUAACAUGAAUAUAUGGCUUUCAUAAUGAGCACUCACUAUUAGAGAGAAACUUUCUGUUCCAAACAUAGAUUUCUACAGCAUAUGCUCUAUUCCCUUGUUUGUAAACUUGAGCUGCACUUGGUGCAUGAAUAUUCAUGACUAGGAGAAUAAAGCAGUACAGUUGACAGUUUAAGUCUUAGAAUUGUUAAAACAUGUUAGGAUAUUGCCUUCACCAUUUAUCUUAUUGGGUAGCUUUUAAACUUGCUUUUGGAUACCAUAAUUGUAUUUAGGGUUCUACAAAUCACAAAUUACUUUGAUCAGCUAAAAUUAACAUGUUAUGAAAAAAUUAUAAACCUAAGAGAGAAUGUUAGUAAUUUAAAUGUUGUGGGUUGUUAAGACAAAAAUUUCAUAAAGUAUCUCCAUCAUCUUCCUUGGCCACUUUUCAAAGACUUCUGAGUCACUUUUAUGUAUAAAUUUAUUAUAGUACAACACUACACACGUGGAUAAAAAUGUGAAAAGACAUACAUAAGAAAUGAAGAAUACUGGCCACACCCCCUCACCCUGACUGGAUCCUCUGCUUAUCUAACCACAUGGAGGGCUUACUCGGUUUUCACACAUCCUGAGCUAAUACAAAACCUGCUGUUUUUCAACCAUCUUUUUUGAUGUACAGCGCCUGGAAAUAAUGGGGCAAAUGCAAAUGUAUUCCGAGUAACCCUACUGUUGUAAGGACUAUUGGGGUGCCAUCAGGUCUAAAGCCACUGGUUUUGGAAGCAACAUUUUGGUAAAAAUGUUUUUUUGGAGUACUGAACUUUACAGGGGCUUGCCUUAAUCUCUAUUUAGUAGUUUCAAGAUGUGUGUGCUAUUCUAUAUGUUAAAAUGUUAAAAUGUUCUAUGUAACCCCAAAAGUGGGUUAAACAGAGUAUAAGUAAUUCCUAAAUAAAUAAGCUAAAAGGUGUCACUACAGCUGGAUUUUUGAGAGCAAAUGAACAUGAAAAUAGGCUAUGCGUCAUAAAAAUAAUGGCACCUUAGGAUUGCACUAUUUCAUGCAUUAUUUUAUAAGCCAUUUCAUAGCCUGCACUUUAAUCUCCAAAGAAAUGUGUGGUGUCCUAGUUCCCUAUUAGUAGACUUUUUCCUAAGAUUGGGCACUUAAUUCUAUUUUACUAUACUGAAUUAGUUUCUUGGAGGUGGAUUCUUUUUUGAGUUCUCCAUUUCCUUGGCCAUAAUAUUUUUUAGGAUCUGGGAACUCCCUCUUACCUAUUUCCAACAGAAUAUAAUUUUAAUUUAAUGUAAUAUAAAUCUCAUACUUGGUGAUCAGCACAUGCUUAUAUCCUCUUCUAGCAGUGAGUAGCCAUAUCAAACCCUCUAAAAAUACAAGAUUUCAGGACAGGAAUAAAAGGCCUGAAAGGAAAUGCCCUGAAUUGAUGCAAAUGCUUAGAAGUGACUGAUUCUAACUGGAAACCCAAUUUGAUAAGCUGUCCAGUUCUUUGACUUGGGAUCUACCUGAAUUCCUUUAAUUGGUAUGCAGAAGGUUAAGUUAAAACUACUUAAACUUUAGAAAUUAUUUUCAACAAAUGCUAAAUCUACAAAAUGACACUAGCAUGUAGUUGCUGCCUACCAAGAUCUCACUUUGAAUAGCAAAACACUUAAAUGGGUGAUACUAUGACAGCCUCAAGUAAUGUUGGCCUUUUGCAACUUCCUAAGAAUCUUGGUUCAAUCUCUAAAGUUCAAACAUUAAAUCCAAGUUUUUCAUGCUGUGUCUGAGGAAAACUACAAGGUUUAGGAGCAUAUCAAUCUAUUGGGUCUAUUGCCAAAGUCUAGUGGUCCGUAUUCAAAACUACCAAAAGGUUAGAAGUGUUUAAAAUUCCUUUAUGUGGUACCAUGUCUGUUUACCUAUGCUUAUGAGCAACAAUAAGUCACUAGUUUACCUUCUGGAUUUUAAUUGUUAUAACCUAAUCAAUUACUGGAAAGUGAAAAACACCUCCUGGUCACACAAUAGGGUACGGAAAUAAAUGUGUUGUUACCAGUACUACUUGUUUUCUUUGUAUUUCAUGCACAAGAAUUUGCAACUGUACCCCUAAUGUGACUUGACUUUUUUUGGUUGCAGUUUUUUGAGUUUCACUGUGUAGCCCAGGUGGCUUCAAACUCGUGAUCUUCCUGUCUCAGACUCCUUAAUGCUUGGAUUAUAGGUGUAUACCACUAUGCUCAGCUAUAGCUACUGUCUUGAAACACUGUACUGUGUGUUUUACACAUUAUUGUAGUCCUUCCUCACAGCCUCCUUGAA